CCCUGUUUACUGCAGGUCUGCGAUCUUGCAUCGAUCGCCUGUGCAGGACGCACUGCAUUCGAGAAGUCUAUGCCGAUCCAUUAUCGUCGCCAGAGGGCUGUACCCGGCUAGUAGCACCAACUCCCUCUCGCUUAGGCAGAGAUGAAGAAAACAGGCGAGGAACAGCAGCCCGUUCUGGAAAAGGCAAAGACGACUUCCCCAUGAAGGUUGACGGGGGAAGAAUCUCGGGGGGCAAAGAGAGGCCCCUUGUUUUAGAUUCGCAAAGAUGGGCCCCCUCGAUUGGUUGCGAUUGGGCCAGCUACCUUCGGGAAAAUCAAACGGAAAGACAAAUCCCCCUCCUCAUGCACAUCACAGUUGCAUGAAGAUCACUACGAGUACGAAACAUCGCAGUCCAAUACAUUCUGGACAUGCCUGGGGAAGGGAGGCGAUCCGAUGUUGCUCCAUCAAAUCUUGCAACAAAGCAAGGCAAGAAUGUCUUGCAUUGUCAGACCAACCUCUCCAGUCUCACUCCUGAUGCCCCUGGCAUGGUACGAGAAAGGAUACUUUAUGUCCGGUCAGCUCUGUUAUACGAGCUGUGGGUUCUUUUCACCUCCCCCACCCCUCGAGGCCCGCGAUCAUCCGUUGAAGGAUUUUCAAUCAGACGCGACACUUUUGGCGAUCCAGCCCAACACCCUGAUCAAGGGCUCAAGACCUUGAGUCAAUCUUUGCUCGUUGUCGAAACAAAUGUCACUUUCAAAUCGGAUCAUUCCCAACGAAGGCAAUCAAAUUACAGGGUUUCAGGGGAGCCCAACGUUCGAAAGACAUUCCGCCGUCCAGGGGUGGCGGAUUGUUUGCCACCGGCCACGGUCACAGUUGUCGUUGAUAUGACGCUUCUACUGGUCCGCAGCUCAUCCAUAUAAUAUGGGAUGGGAUCACUGCCCGUGACUGCCUUGUCUCAACAAGAUUAAAACCGUUUGUUCCAUCCCUUGCGUAUACCGGAGAUCACACAUAGAAACGAUAAAAAUUACCGGCCUUGUCGUGACAGUCACAGGAGAACGUGGAGGUUAGGGUUCUGAUGACAACGACGGUGGCAAUCUCAUGAUUCAGUCAUUGGCUCUCAACAAUCAAAGAGGAACUCAAUUUCCAUGCAGAUGAAGUUGUAUUCCCCUUGGUAUCCUGGACUGAUUGCCCCUGCAUUGGACCCCUUCCAGACUACCCGAAAACUCUUGCUGAAAGUCUGAUCUGCAAUGAUAUCACGACACAUGGCUGAUGGAUUUCUUGUCCGAACGCGUUGUUACAGAGAAGUUGUGGCUUUGAACUCAAGGCGAGACAAGGUAAGACCCGGUGCCAUACUACACUAAUCCUUCUUCCGAAUCGUUUUUCCUUGGUGGCGAACCGACGCUAUGGCAUCUCAAGAUGGCUGGGGACGUCGUCGACCUCGCAGGUCUAUGGAUGGAUGUCACGAAUCCCCGUGGCAAGCAGCUGCUUCACUGUGCUUUCCUAUCCUUUGCCGUCAUGCUGUCGAGGAUGGAGAGUGGCAUUCACUAGACAUUGAGACAUGGCAAUGGGCAAAGCUGCUAUCAACUUGUAGUCGGGUUUGACGCGAAGAGAUCAAUAUUGCAUUUACAAAGAUUGCUUCAACGACUACGGAUGCCACUAGCUACGACAACAAUUCGUGCCUCACGUCCUGCGAUUCUUUUCGACUGUCCUGAAUCGAAUUGGGUUGCCCAGUUGUCUUGCGAUGCUGCCCUGGUCGCGCACUUCUCUAUCACCGGUUCAUAUCCAAGUCGGAAGGCGUGGAAUGAUCUCCUUGUGUUAAGGUUCCCCAGCUAGCUCAUCAGCACCCAAGGGCGUGGAACCCCUCGGUAUGGAUCAACAGAGCAAGAGACUUUGCUCGAUAUCCAGUACUUCUCCCUGGAUUGAGUGUGCGGGGACUGCAGAGAGGCAAAGAGAGAAGUUGGGUGGUGUGGACGUUAAGGAAGUAACAGCUCAGAUGUGAAACCCUCGAGUCACUGCGCGACUGGAAUUCCCGGGGCGAAGACAAUGAGGGACUACACCCUAUGUUCGUGAACUGAUGGAAGGAAAUUGUGUCAGUCAUGCGAUAUACCCAAAUACGUCGGCUCUACUUCUGGCCAAAUGGCAUAUCUCGUAGCCGAUAGAGCGUUUCCUCAUAUGCUCCAUGGCAUAUCCUCCAAC